GAGGGCGGAGCCGCCGGUGGUGGCGGCAGCGGGGGGCGGGCGCCGGCACUCGGAGUCGGGCGCCGCGCAGAGUUGCCACCGCCGGGCCUGAGGCCGAGCAGCCGCCGCCAUGCCCUCGGAGAAGAGCUUCAAGCAGCGCCGUACAUUCGAGCAAAGAGUGGAAGAUGUACGACUGAUUCGAGAGCAGCAUCCAACGAAAAUACCAGUGAUCAUUGAAAGGUACAAGGGAGAGAAGCAGCUUCCAGUUUUGGAUAAGACCAAGUUCCUGGUGCCAGAUCAUGUCAACAUGAGCGAGCUAAUCAAAAUUAUCAGGCGACGCUUGCAGCUGAACUCCAACCAGGCCUUCUUCCUCCUGGUGAACGGGCACAGCAUGGUCAGCGUGUCCACCCCCAUCUCCGAGGUGUACGAGAGCGAGAAGGACGAGGAUGGCUUCCUCUACAUGGUCUAUGCUUCUCAGGAGACUUUUGGAGUGCAAUCUUCUGUCUAACCCCCCCCUCCCCGAAGUGGCUUCUAGCCUAGGAGUUUGGUUGGCCCUUGGUCAUCACCCCCACACUCUCCCCACGCACACACCCCAGGGAAAGAAACGGAUGUCACCUCCGCUCUCAGUACCUUAGCAUAGUCUUGCUUUAGCAGGUGUCUCAUCUUACCUUGGUUGUGACUAUUAAACAGUGCAGACCAGCACCUCCAGCUUUGAAACCUGCUGUAAUAUUCCACACAGGCACAUUUACCUUGCUGGACUUUCUGAAUGGAACCCAGUGGUGCAUGUGACAGUUGUAAAUAAAGGGACACCCGAUCGACUUUGAACAAGCCAACAGGCACCAGGGAGGAGCCAAAGUGUUUUGUGUGACAGCUGUCUGGAAAAGCUCCCUGUAAUUCCUUCACUUUUUUUAAUUAUUAUUUUUAAUUUUUUUUUUUUUAAUGGGAAGGCUUCUCAUAAGAGCAAAAAUGUUUUAAUGUUCCAAAGUGGAGCUUUGUCUGCUGCAGCUGGAUAAGGGUUGAAUCAGAGCUGCAGUGAGUUAAGGCAAGUGCUUGGGGUGAGCUGGGGGAGUGCAACUCUUUUAUUUUUAUUUUUUUUUCCUCCAGUUUUCGUGGCACUGCAAGUUUAGGAACGGUGCCAGGUUCAGAAAUACUCAUACCAAACACCACAGCUUUAUUGUAGUUGUUUAGGAAGUGAUUAACUAUAUAAAACACACACCUGGAUAGGUAACACUGAAAUAAACUUGAGUCAGUUCUGCAGUUUCCAACGUCUGUGCAUUCAGGGGGACAGGGAGAAACCCCCCCUCUCUUUUAGAAGCAGCUCAAGCCCAGGAGCUGCUGUCAAGAGUUGAUGAACAAACGAUUUAUAUAUCAUUAUUUUUCUCUCCAUCACUGAAACCUCCUGCCACGUGGGGGGGUUUGGAAGACAUUGGUGUUACCACUGUCCCGAGCAGCCUGUGCAGAGGAGAGGCAUCCCUUAGGACCUGUGGUUUUUUGGGUUUUUUUUGUGUUUUUUUUUCCCCUCUAUAGAGUCGUUGUCCAAGUGAAGUGUAGCAGGAUGAGGUUACUCUUGUAUAUUAUGUGUCUGUGAACUAACUCCAUCCGUUACUGGAAGCUAACUUACUAGAACAGGGGGGGUGGGAAAAGAAGCAAUACUACUGCAUCUUGGCACUCUAGCUCAAUAAUAAGGUGUACAAUUUGUACCUAUCUACACCUCUUUGCAUGCAUCUCCUUCACAAGGCUUACUUCCAAUUUUAUUUUUUUGUUUUUUAAAUUGUUCUUUGUGUUUUUACUCCAAGGUAAAACUUUUAAAUGCAGCUUGUUCUACGUUUAGUUCUGUUCUGUGGAAGGAAAACUGUUUAACUCAUUAAACUGACAACCAUCCUUGUAAUUACAAACGUGAUUGACUGAUAAUUCCUGUACAAAUGUUGCUUUUUUAAGAUUAAUACAGUGCUGAUAUGGAUGGAUUACAUCCCAGCUUCA